AUGAUGCAAGCAAUUCAAGUCCACCCUCCUCAUGAUGAGACAUGCUAUUGGGUGCGCAUUCGUUGUAUGGGAGCAAGUGCGGCACAAUCGAUUUGCUUACAAUCUUUGGAUGCUCUGCUUCAAGUGGAACAUGAGCCAAAGAACAAGGAAUUCUUUGAAAUGAUGCGUCUUCACAUGAUCUCAGAGCAUUACACAUUUUUGCAAGAUAUCGAGCGAUGUAGUCGUACACGCGAAAUCGUACAAGAAACGAAAUCAGAAGAACUGCGCAACGCCUACAACGAUUGCAUUCACGCACUUCGUCAAUUCCGUAACGGACACUAUGGCUUGGUCACCCAGUAUGCCUUCAUGUUCGAUUAG